AGCAAAAGACAAAAGAGAAGACAGAAGCAAAACAAAAGAAAAGAAAAGCAAAAAUAGAACAGUGGAAAAGUAAAGAGAGCAACACUUGAUUCUCUCUCUCUCUCUCUAGACUUCCCUUCUCUCUCCUCACCCCCUUCGGCAACCCACGUUACUCACUCCACAGCAGCAGCCAUAUUUAACAGCUUCCGUUUCCAGCCAUGGCAUCACAGUUUAAGGCAGUUGGUAUAACAGCAGUAUUUCUCUCGUUAAUGGCGGCGCAGUUGUUGUAUGUGAGGGUAGCAGGAGCGUCGUGGUGCGUGGCUCGGAGCGACGCCAGCAGCCCGGCGCUGCAGACGGCGCUAGACUACGCCUGUGGAGCCGGAGCCGAUUGCUCGCCGAUUCAGUCGUCUGGGCUGUGUUUUCUGCCUAAUACGAUUCAGGCCCAUGCCUCUUAUGCCUUCAAUAGUUAUUACCAGCGCAAGGCUAAUGCCCCUGGUAGCUGCAACUUCGGUGGAGCUGCAACCGUUGCCGAAACUGACCCCAGUUAUGGAUCUUGUGUGUUUCCAUCGUCUCCGAGCACAGCGGGAGGAACAACGCCCGGAACAGGAGCAGGAGGAACAACACCCGGAACUGGAGGGACACUGCCCGGAACGACACCAAGGACUCCAUCUUUAUACGCACCACCCCCGCCAGGAACCACCGGCAACAACGGAGGUCUCACACCCGGUUUGGGACCUAUCACCAACACCAACAAUUCUAAAGCUUGUUUGGAGUUGUCAAUGCUCAAAGUCUUGAUUUCGCUCUCUUGCUCGCUUCUUGUGUUAUUCGUAUGGCAGUUCAUUUAGGUUUAGGCCAUUUUGAAGUGGAAGAAGACUAGGUUUGCUACAGUUUAGGUAGAAAUUGGGGCCUUCUUUCGAUUAGAAUAGCAUUUGAUCUUUAGCUUCAUUUUGUGCUCUGAUGGUAAAAAAGUUGUUACCAAAUUAACUAAAUAACACAGCUGAUUUGGAAAAAAGUUUUUUUUUUUUUUUUUCUACUUUUUCGGUUAUGCAUUAGGCAUGCAAUUCUAGGUUUAAGUGGAUCAUUGAAACUCCAUCCAAAUGUAGAUGUUUCAAAUUCAAUUCAAUGGUUGGGCAGUUCUACGUUUAA